AGGCAGGUUGUUUCUAGUUAGAUGAGACACUAAGACAUCAAGUAUGUUAAAGACAACAUAGCAAUACCCCCAGGCAACCUAGCAGCAAAGAACAAUAUACUAUACCGUCCCGUAUAUAUAAUCGUAGUAAUCCACCACUAUCUACUAUUAUCUCCCGCCCUACCAAAAAACGAUACAUCUAGUUCCUGGAACUAUAUUGCACAAACUUAGAGAAUCAAUGGCAUAUCCGAACCGCGCAAGCAUGGAUAAGAACAACACAAAUUUAGAAGGUGAGAGUUACACAUAAGCUAAAGUCUUCCUAGGAAAAUCGCUAAAACCGUGAAGAUGCCACCCCGUGGGGAAUGGUUGAAGUUCGCCAGCUAGCUUCCAUCGGCGAAGCGAUAUUCGCAAAAGUUAACAUCUCCCGCGGAACGCGUAUUGCUGCUGAGACUCCAUUGAUCACAGUACCACCUAUCAAAUCUAUCAAUGAAGAGCUAUGGGAGUUGUGCAGCGUUGUCGACGGAAUGACGAACAACGAAUCCAAGGAGCUAGAACAGUUACCUUGCAGUCACAAGGUGACAGAUGCUAUUAGAGAAAGAGGCUUUGUCGAUAACCGAGUUUGGUGCUUCUACAAGAGUAGGAAGUUGAAAAAUAGCGACGGAAGUUUGCUCAAGGGGAAAAAGCUGCGGAUAAUAGUUAACAAAACAAUCAAUCGCUGCAUCAUCUACCUCGUCAACAAUGUUCAGCUAGGACCUGAUGGAAAAUACGGCUCGGGUGUUUUCCCCCUAUAUACCCGGAUCAACCAUUCCUGCGUCCCUAACGCCUAUAACUCUUGGAACCCGACUUUAGAGCGGUUGACUAUACAUGCGAUCCACGACAUCAAAGCUGGCGAACAAAUAUUCGUAGAUUACAUUGGCAACACAUGUCGAACUCGCAAACAACGCGGCCUCUCAUUGUAUACCGCAUGGGGCAUCACUUGCAACUGCGCGGCUUGUACCGAUGAUGCACUUGAUCAGUUACGGUAUCGCAUGCUAGUCCUCGAUCAAGCCCUAGCAGCAUACGAGUGCGGCGUGUCCGAAGAAGCACAUCUCGAGGGCAUUCCCAAGCUCGAGACAACCAAGCAAGCCCUCGACGCUGCAGAGGAACUCGUAAGACUUCUCAAGAGACAACGGUUAUGUGGUAUGGAGCUCUGUAAAACGUAAGUACCUAACCUAGUGCUUGAAAUUUGAUUAUUAGAUGUUCUGUUUUGCAGUACUUGGAAAGUGACGAUGGUAAUGAACUCAUGAUAAUAGGCUUCGCGAAUGUUCGAGAUACGCGUUUGAUAGCGGGGUUUAUAACAAGACUUCGAAGUAUGCACACAUGGAGCUAAAAUAUGAGACGUUGCUUAUCGGUGAGGAAACUCAGCAUCUCAAAGAGGAGCUCUAUGGCGCGAAAUAUUGGGUGGAAUACAUAGAUAAAGAAGUCAAGUCAUGUCUUUUAAACCUAUGAAGGGUGGCUUUUAAGAGUGAAGUUGUUGGAUUAUGCUAAGAAUGCCAAGAGUACCUAUAGAACUGCAUAUAG